AUGCCGAAUCAUAUUUUCUCACUCUCGGAGAAUGCAGCCUUUGCGAUUCAGAGACGCAUGCCAAAGGCUCUGUUCUCCCAUAACAGACAGUUUCUCAUGCGGACUUAUCCUCAUGGUAUGCGGUUUGACUCGUCCAACUACGAUCCCGUCAUUUUCUGGCGAGCUGGUGUCCAGGUCGUGGCUCUCAACUGGCAAUCAUGGGAUCUGGGGAUGGUGCUUAAUGAAGGCAUGUUUAUGGGCUCAGAUGGAUAUGUUCUUAAGCCCAAGGGAUAUCGUCAUGACCCGAGCCAACAGCACGGCAUCGAGGAGUUUCACAUUCCUAGCAAGACGUUGGAAAGGCUAGCUAUCACAAUCAUCGCAGCACAGAACCUCCCUUUACUCGACCGACAUGAUGAUCCCGCCAAGUUUAUUCCGUACGUCAAAAUUGGCCUUCACACGGAGCCAGAUGCCCUCUCAGCGAUAGUAGAUGAGAAUGCUACUCCCGAGGAAGUCAAGCAGAUUGGGUACAGCGGCGAAACAGGUAAAAGCAAAGGCACCAGUCCAGACUUUGGAGGUGAGACGAUUGAGUUCCUCAACGUCGAUGGUGUUGUUCCGGAAUUGGCUUUCCUUUCAUUCAGGGUCAUGAAUGAUGUACCUGGGCCCGAUGUCAUGACAGCUUGGGCUUGUGUUCGUUUGGAUAGGUUGAGGCUUGGAUAUCGCUUUUUGAGGUUGCUGGAUAAAGAGGGUAUGCCGAGCAAGGGUAUUUUGUUGACGAAGAGUGAGAUCAGGGAAGCCUUGUAG